AUGUCCCUCUCAUUAGCUCCAUUACAUUUCCCCGUGAUUAGGCCGGGCUUCGAAACUGAUGCUACAGCCGCCGUUAAACGACAUCCACAUCCUUGGGCGUAUGAUGGCGAUGGUUUCAGUUCAGCACAGUAUCAUCAUGCAUCGCAAUAUUACUUAGAUAGAGAUCGUAAGCCUGUCUUUUAUGGCUAUCCAGAUACACAGUUUCAGCCAUAUUGGAAUUAUCGUGAACAGCCAACAUCAGCUGCUGCGGCAGCUUACAUGAGCGCCAGUGAAGAGCGGCAUGCCAGCGUAACUGCAGCAGCAGCCGCUCGUCAAUCGGUAGAAGGCACAUCACAGUCAAGUUAUGAGGCACCAACUUACCCAUCACCUGGCGCUCUUAGAGCCUAUCCAAGUGAAGCAUACGCAAAUACAGGUGGUGGCGCUGUUGGUCCAUGCACACCGACUAAUGCAUUACAUGAGUGGACUGGUCAAGUUUCGGUGAGAAAAAAGCGUAAGCCAUAUUCAAAAUUUCAGACACUGGAACUUGAAAAAGAAUUCCUAUUUAACGCAUAUGUGUCAAAACAAAAACGUUGGGAAUUAGCUAGAAACUUGCAGUUAACCGAAAGACAGGUAAAAAUAUGGUUCCAAAAUCGUCGUAUGAAAAAUAAGAAGAACUCCCAACGGCAAGCAAAUCAACAAAAUAAUAACAAUAGUUCAAACAGUAAUCAUAAUCAUGGCCAAGCAGCGCAACAGCAUCACAAUACUCAUCACUUGAACUUAGGUUUGGGCAUGGGACAUCAUACCACGAAAAUGCAUCAGUGACCUUUAGAAAAUAGCGGUGCUACGUCUUUGGGAUUUUCCACCUUUUAACAGUUAGCAAACAUAAAAACCGAAACAGUUAAUGAAUUUAAUCAAAUUAAUUUUGUUUAAAAAGUUCCAAUGGCGAUGAAAUUUAUU